CGAUACAUCGUCGACCGGGAAAUGUUAACCCAACCCUAUCUAAAGAAUUAUGUAGACACCGAAUCAAGGGAAAAUCGAGCUUACAAGAUCAGGGCUAUAUGAUAAGCGUAUUAACAUUUCUCAACAAGCUCUUUGGAUAUUUGCUGAGGUUGUAUUCAGUCUGACGUUAAUAUCAUGAGAAACCACAACUCUUCUGUUAAUCGACACAACAAUUCUCAAUAAAAUAAUCUAUUUUGUGGCAAACCUUGAUUCUUGAACUAUUUCAUAUAUUAUUCCUUCAAAGUGGAAAUCGUGCACAACAACAUUUAAUAUGUUUGAUAGAUAUGUCCUUGGAAACAUCUUUUUAUUCAGAGUCGCAUCGUUUGAUCCUACACCGGUCGUCUGAUGAACAGGAUGUUUAAGAAAGAUCAGUCGGAAAAUCUCAUAUACAGGACUUUCAUCAGCAUUAAAUAUCCUACUGUUGAAACAACGAAAUCUAAACUUAGCUAAAUUGUUGAAUAUGCCCCGGCGAAAAAUAUGUAGAUUCUGACCUUACAGGUUUUUUUUGUAAGAAAUUCGUUGUAAAUUACAAGUUAAUCAACACAUACACAUAUAAAGAAGAAACCAGUUGAAGAGUACACAUAUUCCGCUCUGCGAUCAGCACGAGGCAACACAAUGCUAAAGUUAACAUUAUUCACCAUAUUUAGUGCUAUUUUUUGUGCCGAAACUUGUUACGGCCUCGACAUAAAAAAAUGUAAAGAGGAGGAUAUCAAAUGCGUCACAGCGAAUUCGCAAGCCCUUUAUGAUUUGACAAUUAAAGGUGAUCCCAAUUUGGAAAUAGAACCUGCAGAUCCCAUUUAUCAUAAUUCGAUUGAUGGGAAUCUUUCUAUAAUCAAAUACACCCUAACAAACACUUCAAUUACGGGAUAUAAGAAAUGUAAACUUAACUAUGCUCAGUUGUCUUUGGCAAAAUCUUUUCUGGAAUUCAACUUACUUUGUCCGGAAAUCCAAGUACACGGCUUAUACGAAAUUGAUGGUAGACUUAUUGUUUUACCAGUGCAAGGCAAAGGAGACUUUAAGCUCGAUGCCCGCCAGUAUAACAUCACGAUACAUGCUGAAAUCAAAACAGUCAAUGGUAAUGACGGAAAAUCUUAUUUAGCGGUGAAGAAUUUUAAUAUUAACGCUGACAUCAUUGACGGAAUCGAUUUUGAUUUGACUAACCUUUUCAACGGACAAAAAGAAUUAGCGGAACCAGUCUUGCAGUUCGCACGUGAAAAUUGGAAGGAAGUAGCGAAAGAACUCCAGGGCCCGAUCCUAAAUAUAGCUAUCAAGCGCCUUAUCAAAAACUUAAACAAGCUUUUGAAAACUGUGCCAGUCGACCAGAUGCUUAUAUCUAAUUAAAAUGCAAAAUAACAUACAAAUGUGCAGAGUUCUAAAUGUGAACAAAACUAGUUUUACGACUUUAUCUCUAGUGUAUAUUUAAAAUUUUUUUAGAAUAUAUAAGACGUGUAAUGAUUAUCCUUGGCCACAUACAGACAUCUACUGCUAGACACAAGCCCUACGGUUCGCUGUAGUGAACUGCGCUGCCUACUUCCACUAGAUUCCCGCGACCUUCAUCAGGUCGUUAAUCAACUUUAUGGGAGGUCUAUCCAAGCUGCGUAUUCUAGUUGGCUGUCGUUUGAAAACUACUCAGCCCCAGUGAUCAUCUGUUCUACGAACGAUAUGCUCUCAUUACCACGAAAUCUUCAAAGUAUCCAAGAUUAGUUUUAAAACACAUUUAUUACCAAUACCAUUGACUUUCACUUAUUAGAUUGUAGUUCCAAGAGAAAGCAAUACGUGUUUUUAUAGGACUUAAAAUGCUAUAACUAUCCACAAUGACAUUUACUAGUAGUGGUUGUUUUAGAAAAAAACCUGAUAAAAAUAUUAUUAAUAUUGUAAGUUUAAAUCGUUGUUUUUUAAUGAGUGGAAGUUCUAAAAUUUAAUAAAUAAGAAAAU